AUGGCUGCUCUACUCAAGAAGCCUCUUAAGCUCGCCUUAGUGCAGCUGGCGUCAGGCGCAGACAAAGCCGCCAAUCUCGCCCAUGCCCGGACAAAAGUCCUCGAGGCCGCAAAGGCCGGCGCCUCACUCAUUGUUCUCCCCGAGUGUUUCAACUCCCCCUACGGCACACAAUACUUUCCCAAAUACGCCGAGACCCUCCUUCCCCACCCGCCGACAAAGGACCAGUCCCCCUCCUACCACGCUCUCUCCGCCAUCGCUGCGGAGGCAAAAGCCUACCUCGUCGGAGGCAGUAUCCCGGAACUCGAAACGACGUCGCAGAAAUAUUACAACACAUCCCUUGUCUUCUCGCCCACCGGUGCCCUCAUCGGAACACACCGCAAAACUCACCUCUUCGACAUCGACAUCCCCGGCAAGAUCAAAUUCAAGGAGAGUGACGUCCUCUCUCCCGGACACCAGCUAACCAUCGUCGAUCUCCCGGACUAUGGUAAGAUUGGGCUCGCUAUCUGCUAUGACAUUCGGUUCCCGGAGGCUGGUAUGAUCGCUGCGCGCAAGGGUGCGUUUGCGCUCAUUUACCCUGGUGCUUUUAAUAUGACGACUGGGCCUCUCCACUGGCAGCUUCUGGCCCGAGCCCGUGCCGUUGAUAACCAGACCUAUGUGGCUCUAUGCAGUCCUGCGAGGGAUACGGAAGCUAGCUACCAUGCGUGGGGACACAGUCUGAUCGUCGACCCCAGCGCAAAGGUUCUCGCUGAGGCGGAGGAAUCUGAGGAUAUCGUCUACGCGGACUUGGAUAAUGAGACGAUUGAGAGCACGCGAAAGGGGAUUCCGAUCUAUACCCAGCGUCGGUUCGAUUUGUAUACGGAUGUUAGCGCUGACAAGCACUAG